AUGGAAUCCAGGUUCCUAAACUCUAUCAUUUUGCCGAUCUGAACAGCACCAGCGGACGGAAUGGAACCAUGCCUCGGUCCAUUGUCAAGAUCAACGGGGAGGACGCGGCCACGGUCAUUGAGCGACGCAAUGUCGUCUUCAGCGGCUACCAGGACCCGGACUCGCAGUGGAAUGCUGGCAUGCAGUCGUAUGCGUUCCCCGGCGCCACGACAUUCGUUGCCGCCUCGUCGGACCCUUUCGGCAACAACCUGACCAUCACGUACGACACUGGCGAGGUGAGAACCGAGGACAACUUUGCCAUUGUCCGGCCCGGAGCCAACUUCACGGGUGUCACGAAUGGGGAGGACUUUUAUAACCGCUUCUGUAAUCCGGAUCUGGCCCCGGCUGUGACGGCGGCGGCCGCUGCCGCCACCUCGACGUCGACAACAGCAACCCCCAGCUCUGUCACCGUGCAGGCGACUCCCGCGCCCACCAUCGAGGGCUACCCGUUCCCCGCCAUCCGAGACAAAGGCGCUAACGUCACCUCUGGCUAUUUCUUGAACGGGACGGGCUACGACGACGUGGCUGUUCUCGCCGUGUCGGCGUUUUCUCCCAACGGCGACAUCUCCGCCGUCGAUUAUCUUGUCGACUUCCAAGACACCGUCGCCAAGUUCCUCGCCGAGUGCAAGCAGCAGAACAAGAAGAAGCUGGUCAUUGAUGUGUCUGCCAACGGCGGCGGCUUCGUCGUGGCCGGAUACGAGCUUUUUGCCCAGAUCUUCCCCGACGCGCCCUUCUUCCAGGCCGACAACAUGCGCCUGACCAAGAGCCUCGCCCUGAUGGCCCAGACCUCGGGCCGGUUCCUCGACCAGAUUGCCAACUUCAACGGGAGCGGGAGCGAGGUGAACGUGGAGCAGGCCUCGGACGCGGCAGCGCGGACGCAGGCGCAAGCUUUUGCCAUUCUGCAGCAGAGCAGCAUCAUCAGCAACCUGGUGCCGGGCGGCGUGCUGACGCCCGACGGGCGGAACCUGACGUCGGUCGAUGAGAUCCUGGCGCCCGUCAGCCUCAUGGGCGACACCUUCACCGCGUACCAGGACGCGCCGCUAAACAUGACGAGCGCCGACUUCAACCUGACGGGCACCGGCACGCGGGCCAACCCGCCGCCGGCCGUGUUCGCGCCCGCCGACGUCGUCAUCCUCACCGACGGCACCUGCGGCUCGACGUGCACGCUGUUCUCGUACCUCAUGAUCCUGCAGGUGGGCAUCCAGACGACGUCGAUCGGCGGCCGGCCGCAGACGGGGCCGAUGCAGUCGGUGGGCGGCGUCGAGGGCGCGCAGAUCUUCUACUUCCAGGACAUCUCGGCGGCGGCGACCGCCACGCUAAUCCUCAGCCCGGCCAACAACGUGACCGACAGCGAGAUCGCGCUGCUCGACGAGGGCUACGCGCUGACGCGCGCCUUCAGCCCGACGAGCCCCGGCGCCGUCAACGGCAAGAACGCCUUCAUGCGCGGCAACGCCGAGAUCCCCAUGCAGUUCCUGUACCAGCCCGCCAACUGCCGCAUCUUCUACACCCAGGAGAUGCUGUACGGCCCUGCCGCCGUCUGGAUGCGCACUGUCGAUGCUACGUGGAACGACCCCGCCAAGUUCUGCGUUGCCGGCUCCCGCGUCGCGGUGAACAUGAGCGUCAUGCGCACCGACGGCCGCUUCUCCAUCAACGCCGAGCUCGCCAAGGACAGCGCCGCCGCGCCCGGCGCUGCUAACAGCAGCCUGGGCUUUGCCGUGCUGUUCUCGGCGCUGGUCGUGACCCUGCUGUGCAUGUGAUUUUGGGUCGAGAGCUGGUGGGUUAAGUCGGGGUGGAAUGGACGGCAGGGCGGGGAGCGGAUGGAGUCUGGAGCAACGGCAAGGAGCGAAGGCUUUCUUUAUUUUAUUUUGUUGCAUGUUCGUUUUUCCCGCCUUUCUUCAUUUAACUAGGUACCUAGGUAGGACUGUCUAGGGCCGGGGUAUCUAAAGACGCAAUGUUAGUCUAGGUCUUUCGUCCAUGAAUCAUAUCUUUUCA